AAAAUUUUCCCUCUGACCGAAUCAAAAAAUGGAAGUUAGUGAAACUCAAACAGCUGUUUCAAGUUUCGAUCUCAACUCCAAGCCUCCGUUCUACCACACGUCUUCUUCUUCCUCGGACUACGUUAACACCGGAUUUCCUCGGGGAUCCGAAAGGUCCGGUUUUUUCUCCACGGAUAGUCCGAAAGAAGAGAGCGAAUCGGAUUCCGUGUCGGGGAAUAUGAACAACAAUGGCGGUGGACUUAAAAUGCCGUUGUUUUCGAUCGACGGUGGAGAUUCUUCGGUUGAGAAUCACGGCAGUGGGCUUUCGUGGAAGACGAACGCGGCGGUUAAGGUUCAGAAGGUGUAUAGGAGUUACCGGACACGGCGUAGGUUAGCAGAUUCCGCUGUUGUCGCUGAAGAACUCUGGUGGCAGGUAUUGGAUUAUGCAAGGCUUAAGCGCAGCACGAUUUCGUUCUUCGAUGAUUUAAAACCUGAAACUGCUGCUUCAAGGUGGAAUCGCGUCCUCUUAAAUGCUUCCAAGAUCGGGAAGGGAUUGUCCGAAGACGCUAAAGCACAGAAAUUGGCUUUUCAGCAUUGGAUUGAAGCUAUUGAUCCACGCCAUCGAUACGGGCAUAAUUUGCAUAUAUACUACGAAGAGUGGUGCAAAACUGAUGCUGGUCAACCAUUUUUCUACUGGUUGGAUGUAGGGGAUGGCAAAGAUAUUAAUCUCGACGAGUGCCCGAGAUCGAAGCUCCGACAGCAAUGCAUAACGUAUCUCGGACCUCAAGAGAGGGUAAAUUAUGAGUACAUUGUUGUUGAAGGAAAGAUCAUCCAUAAACUAACUGGACAUGAACUCGAUACAAUCAAAGGAUCGAAAGAGGGGAAAUGGAUAUUCGUGAUGAGCACCUCAAAGAAAUUGUAUGCCGGCAAGAAGAAGAAAGGAAUGUUUCAUCAUUCGAGUUUCUUGGCUGGAGGAGCAACAUUAGCAGCUGGUAGGCUGGAGGCGGAGGAUGGAGUUCUUAAGUCAAUAUCUGCAUAUAGUGGACAUUACCGGCCGACCAAUGAUAGUCUCGAUAGUUUCUUAUCGAUUUUGAAGGAGAACGGAGUGAACCUCGACGAAGUUGAGAUACCACAGGCAACUGAUGAUUCCGAUAUCUAUGAUGAUGGAAAAGCCAGUAGCUUCGAGAAAUCGGUUGAAUUCUCAGUAAGCUCGGUGCGAACUAAACCUGAAAUCGAUGAUACAGCGAACAACUUGUCAUCCGAAUCAUCCGAAACCAAUCAAACCAAGACCACAAAUACUUACAGAAGGUCUUUAUCCGGUGGUCUUCAAAGUCCGAGAGCCGAGGUGCCCGAAAAAGCCAUAUUGCAAAGGAUCAACUCCAAGAAGGCAGUGAACUCGUAUCAAUUAGGACAUCAACUGUCCCACAAAUGGUCGACCGGAGCAGGACCAAGGAUUGGGUGCAUCGCGGAUUACCCCGUAGAACUGAGACAACAAGCACUAGAGUUUGUCAACCUAUCUCCGAGAACUCAAACCCCUUCACCUCUCUGGUCUCCAAGAACACCACGGACCCCUACCACGCCUUCGGCAUGCCGGAGUCCCGGUGGCCUUGCAUCAACUACAUCUCAACCGGCGUCGAAUAUUGCUAAUGCUGAUGGGAUUUCCGGCAUCUAACUGUAACAUACCAUCAGAUUAAUCUUUAGGGUUUCAGGAUAAACUGAUCUGCUUUAAUGUUUUACUUGGCUAGUAGUAAUAGCAUUAUCAUUAGUUACAUCUUUAA